GACGUGCGGCGCAGCGGCCCGCGGCGGCGCAGGAUCUGGGGCGACGGGGGGCCGCGGACAGCAGGACGCAGGCGCCGGCGGAGAAGUAGGUCCCGGGAACGGCGCUCAACAAAGAGCGGGGCCGACCCCCUCAGGCGGAGCUGCGGACCGAGGCUCCAUGUUGGGAAGCGGCCCCACUCGCCCUCGUUAGCGGGAAUCGGGGCGCCGGGGGCUGAGCCGGCGGGGGCCGGGCCCUGAGCGAAGAUGGAGGCCCCGCUGCGGCCUGCCGCGGACAUCCUGAGGCGGAAUCCGCAGCACGACUACGAGCUGGUCCAGAGGGUCGGCAGCGGCACCUACGGGGACGUUUAUAAGGCCAGAAAUAUACAUACAGGAGAGUUGGCUGCAGUAAAAAUCAUCAAAUUGGAGCCUGGAGAUGAUUUUUCUUUGAUUCAACAAGAAAUAUUUAUGGUUAAAGAAUGUAAACAUUGCAAUAUUGUUGCCUACUUUGGAAGCUAUCUCAGUCGGGAGAAACUAUGGAUUUGUAUGGAAUACUGUGGUGGUGGAUCACUUCAAGAUAUUUACCAUGUUACUGGACCAUUAUCAGAAUUGCAGAUAGCCUAUGUAUGCAGAGAAACAUUACAGGGCCUUGCCUAUUUGCAUACUAAAGGGAAAAUGCAUAGAGAUAUCAAAGGUGCAAACAUUUUAUUGACUGAUCAUGGUGAUGUAAAAUUAGCUGACUUUGGUGUGGCUGCAAAAAUAACAGCUACCAUUGCAAAGAGAAAGUCUUUCAUUGGCACCCCUUACUGGAUGGCCCCAGAAGUUGCAGCAGUAGAGAAGAAUGGUGGAUACAACCAACUCUGUGAUAUCUGGGCUGUAGGAAUAACAGCAAUUGAACUUGGAGAACUUCAACCACCUAUGUUUGAUCUUCAUCCAAUGAGGGCCCUUUUCUUAAUGUCAAAAAGUAAUUUUCAGCCUCCAAAACUAAAGGACAAAACAAAAUGGUCAUCAACAUUCCAUAAUUUUGUCAAAAUUGCACUGACCAAAAACCCAAAAAAAAGACCAACUGCUGAAAGACUUCUGACUCAUACUUUCGUAGGGCAGCCAGGUCUCUCUAGGGCCCUGGCAGUUGAACUGUUGGACAAAGUGAAUAAUCCAGACAACCACGCUCAUUAUUCUGAAGGAGAUGAUGACGACUUUGAGCCCCAUGCAAUCAUUCGUCAUACCAUUAGAUCUACAAACAGGAAUGCCAGAGCUGAACGGACAGCUUCAGAAAUAAAUUUUGACAAAUUACAAUUUGAACCUCCUCUGAGAAAAGAAACAGAAGCACGGGAUGAAAUGGGAAUGUCAUCAGACCCAAACUUUGCAUUACAAUGGAAUCCUUUUGUUGAUGGUGCAAAUACUGGCAAAUCAACCUCAAAACGUGCAAUACCGCCUCCCUUACCUCCUAAGCCAAGAAUAAACAGUUAUCCUGAAGACAACCUUCCAGAUGAAGAAAAAUCAUCAACUAUAAAACGUUGCCCUGAUUCAGACAACAGAGUUCCCCAAGUUCUCAGAAGACAGAGUAGCCCAAGUUGUGGUCCUGUAGCAGAGAUUUCCUCUAUUGGAAAUGGUGAUGGAUUUUCAAAACUGAUUAGUGAAAACACAGAAGGAUCAGCACAGGCACCACAGUUACCACGAAAAAAGGACAAACGAGAUUUCCCUAAACCUGCUAUUAAUGGCCUUCCACCCACCCCCAAAGUGCUGAUGGGAGCGUGUUUUUCCAAAGUUUUUGAUGGUUGUCCUUUGAAAAUUAAUUGUGCAACUUCCUGGAUACAUCCUGAAACAAAAGAUCAGUACAUUAUUUUUGGAACUGAGGAUGGUAUUUACACAUUGAAUCUCAAUGAGCUACAUGAGGCAACAAUGGAACAGCUGUUUCCGCGGAAAUGUACUUGGCUCUAUGUUAUCAAUAAUACUUUAAUGUCAUUAUCAGAAGGAAAAACCUUUCAGCUGUACUCUCAUAAUCUUAUAGCUUUGUUUGAACAAGCCAAAAAGCCAGGAUUAGCUGCCCAUAUUCAAACUCAUAGGUUUCCAGACCGCAUACUACCAAGAAAGUUCGCUUUAACAACAAAGAUUCCUGAUACAAAAGGCUGCCACAAAUGUUGCAUAGUCAGAAAUCCUUACACAGGACACAAAUACCUCUGUGGAGCUUUACAGUCUGGAAUUGUUUUACUUCAGUGGUAUGAGCCAAUGCAGAAAUUCAUGCUGAUAAAGCACUUUGAUUUUCCUUUGCCAAGUCCCUUGAAUGUUUUUGAGAUGCUGGUAAUACCAGAACAGGAAUACCCUAUGGUCUGUGUAGCUAUUAGCAAGGGCACUGAAUCAAAUCAGGUAGUUCAGUUUGAGACAAUCAAUUUGAACUCUGCAUCUUCAUGGUUUACAGAAAUUGGUGCAGGAAAUCAACAGUUAGAUUCCAUUCAUGUGACACAGUUGGAGAGAGAUACCGUUUUAGUGUGUUUAGACAAAUUUGUAAAAAUUGUAAAUCUACAAGGAAAACUAAAAUCAAGUAAGAAACUGGCCUCUGAGCUAAGUUUUGAUUUUCGCAUUGAAUCUGUAGUAUGCCUUCAAGACAGUGUACUGGCUUUCUGGAAACAUGGAAUGCAGGGUAAAAGCUUCAAGUCGGAUGAGGUUACCCAGGAGAUUUCAGAUGAAACCAGAGUUUUCCGCUUAUUAGGCUCAGACAGGGUUGUCGUUUUGGAAAGUAGGCCAACAGAAAACCCUACUGCACACAGCAAUCUUUACAUCUUGGCUGGACAUGAAAAUAGUUACUAAGCAACAGAGACUGAUCGCAAAUGACAGGAAAAUGAAUAUGCUCUAUUGAAAACAAAAAUAUUUUAAGGAUAUUCAGUACAACCUACACUAUGAUUUGCUUUACUGUUAUGGGUUAUAUCUUGAAUGAUCUGUACUUUAAGGUAGAAUUCAAUAUUUUCUGUAGCUGGAAACAGCUAUUCUAUCUCUUGCCACUGUGUGGUGGUUAUAUCAAGUUUGCUUAAUAAAAGCUAUGAGACAAAUAGUCCUCUAGUUCCAGGAAACACAGUCUUUUAAAAAAAAAAUUAUGUUUGUAACAAGGGUGCCAUGAUAUUUUUAGAUUACAAUUUAUGUGAUUAUUUUCAGAUAGACAAAUUUAUUGAGUUUUGUCAUUUUAUACCAUGUUUUAUUCUUUUGUAAUGAACAUUUGAUAAAGAAAUUAUCAAGUAAGCUUUUCACUUUUCCAAGGGCCAUUCUGUAUGUUUUUGUAAAAUAGAAUAUUUAAUCCUUAUUUAUUAAUCUUUUGCUGGAGUGGUGUAAUGUAUCUAUCUAUCUAACUUUUGGCAAAGGGUGGUUGCAGCUUAAAUUUUUUUAUAAUGUAUGAAAAUUUUGUUUACUUUUUAAGAGUAGUCUUAGGGAUGUUUAAACACAUUGUAAAAGUUCAGUACAUACAUUCAAUUUUGUCUAACACAGUAUUUAGUAAUAUAGUGUCAUGCAGACUUGCUAUAAAAGAGUUUUGUAUCUUCAACUAUAAAUAGUUGUAGGGACUCAUACAGACGAUAUUAAUGAUUAUUGAAAUAUUGUUAGAAGCAGUGUGUAUAUCUAAAUGUGACUACCAUGUGUAUGUAUUCUUGACAAGCAGUAUAAUACAUCUGUGAUUUUUUUUUAUAUUAGGGACAGUGCAUAAGAAAUUAAUCAUUAUAUAUUAUCAUCCCUAAUGGGAGGGGGGAGUAUUUAUCUGCCCGUGUUAUGUAUUUUACUUAUACUAUGCCAGAGGGGACACUGUAAAAGGAACUACAUGUUUUAUCUUGGGUUUUUCACAUAUUCACUUUGAGUAGAUUUAAGAAAAAACAUCUUUAAGUGAAAUUGAAUUCCUGAUGGGAUAGUAUUAGUAAGUAUUAUAAAAACCAGUAUUCUAAAAAUAAGAACAGAUAGGGCCAUUUUUGAGUUUGUUUCUCUGUUGCUAUUAUUAACAUUCAAAUAUAAAGUGUCACUUUGGUACCUGUUACCCUAAUGCAUUUACUGAGAAUAGUUAGCAUUAUGGUCAUGAACAGGGGGUUAACAGUAGCAAAUUGUGGGUUUAUUCUCACCAGUUACUUAAGAGGAAAACAGUAUAACUGUCGCAACAACUCAAUAAAAUAGGUAGUAUUAUCAUCUCCAUGUCUCAUAUGAGGAAAUAAGGGGUUGGCAAGGUUAAGAGAUUGACCCAAUUCACACAGCAAGUAGUUGAGCCAGACCAUGAGUCUUGUGACUCUGUUCUUUUCACUAUGCAAUAUACAAACAAUAAAAUAUUAUACAAAUGAAA